AUGGGAUUCAAAACAAAUAUUAAACUAUCAGUUUUUUCUAUCUUGAUCCUUUUUGUAAUUCCAACUCUAAUAUCUGCAGAGUGCACAUGUAACGAAGAAGAUGAAGAUCGAAAUAUAGCCGAAGCCCUACGUUACAAAAUAGUAGCUUUAGCUUCAAUACUAGUAGCAAGUGCAAUUGGUGUUUGUAUCCCAGUUCUUGGGAAAUUGAUCCCUGCUUUAAGCCCGGAAAAAGAUAUAUUUUUUAUCAUCAAAGCCUUUGCUGCUGGUGUGAUAUUAUCCACCGGAUUCAUUCAUGUGCUUCCGGAUGCUUUUGAGAAUCUUACUUCUCCUUGUUUAAAGGAACAUCCUUGGGGUGAUUUUCCUUUCACAGGUUUUGUGGCAAUGUGCACUGCCAUGGGAAGUCUUAUGAUUGAUACUUAUGCAACUGCUUAUUUUCAAAAUCAGUACUCUAAGAAGACACCUACACAAGUUGAAAAUCACACAGAUGUGGAGAAGGAUGCUGAGCAUGAAGGACAUGUGCAUGUUCAUACUCAUGCCUCACAUGGUCAUGCACAUGGCCAUGUUUCUGCGGAUCCAUCCUCAGAACAUCUUCGUCAUAGGGUUAUAUCACAGGUAUUGGAGUUGGGGAUUAUUGUUCACUCGGUUAUAAUAGGAAUUUCUCUCGGUGCUUCAGAGAGUCCUAAAACCAUAAGACCGUUAGUAGGUGCUUUGACUUUUCAUCAAUUCUUUGAAGGCAUGGGACUUGGAAGUUGCAUAACUCAGGCAAAUUUCAAAAAUCUAUCUAUUAUCGUCAUGGGAUUGUUCUUUGCUUUGACAACUCCAAUUGGAAUUGGAAUUGGCAUAGGGAUCAGUAGUGUUUAUGACGAGAACAGUCCAACAGCCCUUAUAGUUGAAGGAAUCUUCAAUGCAGCUUCAGCUGGAAUCUUGAUUUAUAUGGCACUUGUAGAUCUUCUUGCUGCUGAUUUUAUGAAUCCAAGGAUGCAAAAAAGUGGUACUCUUCGAUUAGGCUGUAAUAUAUCUCUUCUGUUAGGAGCUGGUGCUAUGUCUCUUAUAGCCAAAUGGGCUUAG